GGCCUCGAGCCAUCCGUCAGGAAGAAGCAAAAACCUCCAAAUUCUCAGAGGUUUCCCGACAGUUUUUCAGCCUCUCCCUCUGCUUACACUCCAAACAAUCAUCAGAGAAGAUAAAUAUGCACAGCCGAUGCACAGCUAUCGUAAAAACGGCCUCUAUUCCCGGAACGACCGGCCUAAUCUGUUCCGCUCUGUCAUCCGUCCAAUUGACAGAGGAGGCUCGGUUUGGCGGACGUGGAGCAACCUCUGGCUGGGAGCCUCGCCACGGUCGGCUUUGUGUCUUCGGUGUCCUUGUGUCUUCCUGGACUCCGAGGGGGCCGCAGCUGCUCGUCAGACCUCUCCGAUCCUCUCUUCUGUCAGUAUCGGCAGCCAAAACUAA